ACUCUGAGAUAAAUGAAGCUGCAUGUCAUCAGAGUUAUUCUGGAUUAGAGACAUUUUCUAAGAAUUAUUUACAUUUUUAAUCAAACUGAGGUGCAGCAUCUAAAUAUAGUUCAGUGUUUUAACAAUAAUUUGUUUCUUCAUUGUUUUGCAGCAAAUGGGUGAAAAUUAGGAGUAAAAUGAUCAGAACCAGGAGAUUCUUGUUUUUACUAUUUUUACCGUUUGUGGGGGCUGUUACUGAAGAUUCUGAAACCAUCGUGUCCUGUCUUCUCAACCAGAACUGUAUUUUACCAUGUCGGUUCAGGAACAGGAUUACUGACAUGAAAUGGAAACAUAAAAAAUCUCUGAUUGUAUCUUAUGACCAUCGUGGCUCCAGUUACUCUGAGAGCUUCAGAUCCAGAGUGUCUCUGUUUGAGGAUCAGAUCUCCAGAGGAAACGGAGAUCUGCUGCUGAGAGGAGUGAAGGUUGAUGAUGAGGGAAGAUAUCAGUGCACUGCAAAGACAAAUGACACCAAUUAUUUUAAUCAUGUUGACCUUACAAUAGAAGCUCCAGUCUCUGACAUCAGGAUCCAUCAGGAUGGAAACAGGAUCACCUGCAGCUCAGAGGGGAUCUACCCUCAACCUGAACUCACCUGGUCCACUGAGCCUCCGUCCAACACGGUUCUGCAGAACAGAACCACAGUCCAUCAGACUGAGGAGAAGCUUUAUGACAUCAGCAGCUCUCUGACGGUUCCAGACGGUUCUGAUUGGAUCUACAGCUGCACCAUCAGAACCAGGAGGAACUGGAGGACAGAAACUUCAACUAGAGCAGAGUCUGAAACCAGAGUGUCCUGUCUUCACAACCAGGACUGCAUUUUACCAUGUCGGUUCAGGAAUCGGGUCACCAACAUGACAUGGGAACGUGAAACAUCUCUGAUUGUAAGUUAUGACCAGGGUAACAUCAGAUCCUCUGAGAGCUUCAGAUCCAGAGUGUCUCUGUUUGAGGAUCAGAUCUCCAGAGGAAACGGAGAUCUGCUGCUGAGAGGAGUGAAGGUUGAUGAUGAGGGAACAUAUGAGUGUUAUGUAUUUACAACUGGGAUCUAUUAUAGACAUUCUGUCGUCCUUGCAGUAGAAGCUCCAGUUUCUACAAUCAGCAUCUAUCAGGAUGAAAACAGGAUCAUCUGCAGUUCAGAGGGGAUCUACCCUCAACCUGAACUCAGGUGGAUCCUCUUGUAUUCAUCCAACACGGUUCUGCAGAACAGAACCACAGUCCAUCAGACUGAGGAGAAACUUUAUGACAUCAGCAGCUCUCUGACGGUUCCAGAUGAAGAUCCAGGUCCGAUCUAUGUCUGUAAUAUCACAACCAGGAUCAACAGCAGGAUAGCAGCUCUAAAUAAUCCAGAUACUGGAACCAUCGUGUCCUGUCUUCUCAACCAGAACUGUAUUUUACCAUGUCAGUUUGAGAACAGGAUUACUGACAUGAAAUGGCAACAUGAAAAUUCUCUGAUUGUAUCUUAUGACCAUCGUGGCUCCAGAUCCUCUGAGAGCUUCAGAUCCAGAGUGUCUCUGUUUGAGGAUCAGAUCUCCAGAGGAAACGGAGAUCUGCUGCUGAGAGGAGUGAAGGUUGAUGAUGAGGGAGAAUAUGUGUGUUCUGCAACGAUAAAUGGCGUCUAUUAUGGACAUUUUGUUUUACUUACAGUAGAAGCUCCAGUCUCUGACAUCAGGAUCCAUCAGGAUGGAAACAGGAUCACCUGCAGCUCAGAGGGGAUCUACCCUCAACCUGAACUCACCUGGUCCACUGAGCCUCCAUCCAACACGGUUCUGCAGAACAGAACCACAGUCCAUCAGACUGAGGAGAAGCUUUAUGACAUCAGCAGCUCUCUGACGGUUCCAGAGAAUGAGACUGAUUGGAUCUACAGCUGCACCAUCAGAACCAGGAAGAACCAGAGGAGAGCAACUUUAGCAGAACCAGGUGCUGAAGUUACAAUCUGCUGCACUUCCUUAAACAUUUCUAAGUCCAGUUUGGUCUGGAGGUUCAACCAGCGUCAGAUCAUCCUGACCAAGACUGACAGAAACAUCUCCAGCAUCUCAGAGGACUGGAGGAAACAUGUGAGGAAAGUUUCAGCGUCCGGCAGCCUCACCUUACAGGAUGUGACCUCAGAUCAGGAGGGAGUUUACAGCUGUGAGCUCAGCCAUGAUGAGGAGACCAUUAUAACUCACCUCUAUCUGAGGAGGACUGGAGAGAAUCUGGUGGUUUCUGAACUCAUCAGAUGGACGGUGGUUUGUGUUGUGAUUGCAGCAGCAGCAGCUGGAUUCAUAAUGUUCUACAAGAAGAAACUGGAGGAAAGUGAAGCUCUGCAGCUUUAACCCUUUCAUUCACAUUCAGAGAGUGGUUUAGUUUUAAUGCCGUUCUCACAUUUUACCCGUCAAGAUGAUUCAUGAGCUUUGAUGUAGUUUCACAAAAUGAUCAGCUCUUCAUGUUCUUCAGCUGAUUCUUAUAUUUAGAGACAUUUCUGUUUUUAUUUUUAUGAUGAUUUCAUCUCCUGCCCAGCAGGGGGCGCAGCUAAAAAUAUUCUUUAUAUUCUACCAGCUAAACUUUCUCAGAGCUUUAUCAGUAAAAUGUUUAUUUCUAUAGAAAAUGAAUUUUAUUACAUAAAUAUAUGAUUUAUGAGCUUUGAUGUAGUUUAACAAAACGAUUCGUUCCUCAUAUUCUUUAGUUGUUUCUCAUAUUUUUAAAUAUUUGUUGUUUUUUUUUCCCUAAAUGUGAUGAUUUUAUAGUUUCAUCUCCUGCCCAGCAGGGGGCGCAGCUAAACAUCAUUUAUAAACUUUCUCAGAACUUUAUUAAUGUCAUGAUGUUCAUUUCUGUAGAAAGAUUUCUACAUAUUUUUUUGUUAUUGUAUAAAUACUUUGUUCUUUAAAUAAAAGCCUCUUUCAUCUUUCUAA